UUCACCCGCGUUUUGUGCAGGACUCGUUUCUUUUAUUACACUUUCUCGUUUUCUUCCACCAUACCCCCACUCUAGUUCCCAAUCCACUACCUGAGCAGCAGUAGUAUGAGCUCUUUAGGUGACGAAUAUUAUGACAUAGACGCCAUACUAGCAGAACACGAGAAAGUACCUGGAAGAUUCAAUGACAGUGUAGGAGCAGAGCUGAACUUGACUGGAGAAGGAGUUGCGGUACCAAGUGGGACUAAGGUGGAACUGCCGUACUGGCUUGCGGAGUCCCUAGUAGAGUUCUACCAGCGGGACGAAACGCUAUUCGACAUGGAGACCCCUAGAAUAUACAACAAUAGAGUUCGUAACGCUAUUAUUGCUGGACCUACGUCGGUUGAUACCAGAAGAAUACAUCCAUAUUUUCAUCGGCUUGGUAUCAAGUUUGUGCAAAAGUUUGAGCAAGAGCAGCUUGCCCAAGUUUUGAAAUUGUCCUUUAGGAAGCGGCUCUAUAUGAUCCUGGAUCAUGCGCAGACCGUCUUGAAUACCGACUCUUCUCAUUUCACGCGGAAGCUGGACGAGACAGAACGACAGUUAUUUAAACUUGCUCACGAUAGCGCUAUGGCCAUGAAAAGCUGGCAAAGCGGGUCGAAGCCAUUAUUGCAAUCUGCUGUGUCUUACUAGUUCACGAACACCUCUUGUACAUAUACCUUUCCAAACCAUACCUGGAUGUCAUGGGUAGAUAAUGGGAAA